AUGGCAGAUACCAAGGUCAAGGUCAAUGGCCAUGGCCAUGGCCACAUCAAUGGCAAUGGUACUGCUACUCCUGAAAAGACACCCGUCAACAAACAUACCAAACUAUGGCAGCUCCUUGCUCUAGCAAAGGAGGUGUCCAAAGAUGUCGGGUCUAUCGAAGACUAUGAAAAGGACGCCGAGGAGCGCAAGAUCCUCGCAGCAGAACUUGAAGCCAAGCAAGGCGAGAACAAGCGCCUGCGCGAGUUCAACGACAAGAUCGUGCGUGAAUUCUCAGAGCACAAAACCGCAGCAAGUGCAAAGACGGACAUGAUCUUUGCAGAGUUUGAGCAAAAGUACAAAACGUACGAGUCUGAAAAGGCGGCUGUAGAAGCCAUGGAGAAGGAGGUGCAAGAAGCAAGGGAGAUGCUCGCUGCGGCAGAGAAGAAAGCUGCCGAGGCGGAUAAACUCAAGCAGAGAUUGAGUUCGUCGGAGAUGCAUGCUAAGAACCACGCUGCUGAGAUUCGAGAGAUGAAUGCUGAGUGUGAGCUGCAUCGGUCGCAGAUGCAAACUGGUGCGGAGGAGCUUGCGAGUGUUAAGACCAAGCUCAGCAAGGCGCAGAGUGAUCUCGGAGAGGGGAUACUCAAAGAUUAUGGGUCCGAAGAGGUCAAGAAGCUGCGCUCUGAUCUCCAGGAUUUGUCAACGAAGGUUCAUGACUUUGUGAACGAGUACUUUAACUUUCACGACGGCGCAGUUGACUCAGCGAGCGAGAUCCAAGAGCUCAAUGCCCGCUUCCCAAAAAUCCCCCUCUCAAUUCGCACAACCAAAGCAGCCGCCAAAAUGCGCUGCGCGGUAGCAGACGCCGUCAUUGCAGAAACUCUUCUUUCGCACAUCUUUGUCCCCUUCUACGUAGCCCACGACAUGCGCUCCACAGCCUCAAGCAUGCUGAGCUUCUUCAAAGGCGACGAGCGUCGCGAGACGGUAUAUCGCUGUCAAAUCCUUGGCUCACUGACAGACUCUGAACAAGUUGAGACUAUCCAGGAGGACAUUGUUCGCAAGGCGAGUAACGAGGUACGAAGCACGCUUCACCCGCUAGUCGUGGCGUAUAAGCAGACGGGCUUUUACAAUGCUGUUCCUGCGCUGUUUAGACAAGCUGUUACACUCUGGGCGGAUGCGCAGCGAUCGAGGGAUAUGAUUACUGCUGAACUUCCUGAUGAGGAGGAUUCGAGAGGUGCUGGACAGUAUGGUGAUUACGAUGUUGGGAAUGUUAGUACUCGCAAGGCUGGCAAGGGAAGUCCCAAGCCGGUGGUGGUUUUGGCCGUGCUUUUCCCUCAAUUUGUAUGUCGCGAUGAAGUCAUCGCUGAGGGAAUUGUGCUUAGAUCUGAUCAAGCUAUUGUGGUUGAGGCGGUUGAGGAGGCCCAGAGUAGUGAGAAUGGGAACGGGGAUGCGAAGAAGAAGCCGGGUACUCGUCGUAGGUCUUCAGCUGACCCGAAGUCGCCUCUUAGGAGAUGA